UUCCCGUACACGUAGCACAUUUCAACUUAGCAUGAUGUUUCAACAGUCUCUGUCUUGAUAUAAUAUUAAUUCUAAGGUAAACUCACGUCCGUACAGUAAUGUUGCGGCAAGUAGCAGGACGUAUACGUAGGUACAGUGCACGGAGUCGGUGCUGGGCUGUUCUCUGUACCAUUGUACUACUCAGCUGGUGGUGGGAGUGGGUACGCAUUUACCAGACGGUAGUGGCCGUGAAGACAGCCAAGUUGGCUCAGGACCAUCCUGAGUGCAGUGGAGGCUCCGGAAGUGUCUGGACGUCCAUAAAGUCCUACCUGCGUUGGCACUUGUCCUGGUCACAUGACCCGUGUGAGCAAUACCAUCAGGCCUUGCUGGUCGACCCCUUCUGGGAGGUCAACCCUCUCAUGGCGCUUGCCGCUGCAGUCACCAGGCCAUGUGUCACGAUAGUGGAGCUUGCGAGUGUGGAGUGGGGAGGAGCUUACGUUUUCUGUUCCAAGAGAUACCGGCUCAAUGGCAACCCAUAGUCAUGGUGUUGCUUUUCCUGCUCACCCUAUACAUAGUAACCGUUAUGGUUCCAAACUACUGUAGAAAAGCUAAGCGAACGUAUGGACCUGGGCCCACGUAUGGAGCUACGAGUUAUUAUAAACGCACGCAUCACCCAAGAGCUGGCCACACGCAUGUUGCUAAGUCCACGCGUGUGUUUGAGCGCACGCAUUUGCAGGUAUUUGAGCGCACGCAUGUAGCCAAACGCACACAUGCAUUUGACCGCACACAUGUAGCUAAGCGCAAGUAUCCUGUGAAAUCUACAAGUAUCAGGCAGUACGUAGGAAAGACAACCGAAUGAAUAGACCAGACGUCUAUUGCUAGUAGAUACCGUAUACAAACAAACCAUGGGUGACUUAUCCAUGAGAGAAAAGUAGACAAGUAUCUGUUAGCCUUCUAAGCACUUAUGUUUGUGAUUGAGACACCUGAACGAUACCAUGUUACGAAAUUUUUAUAUAAGGGCGUUUAGGUCUUCUUGUAGUAAAGCUUCGUGUAGAAAGUUCUAUUUAAUGGUGGCUGCAGUACCUUCAUUAUAAGAUUUAGCUGUCCUCAUAGAGGACAGAACUCAAGUCUUUUGUACCCUGCACAUUCAAAUUUAUUGUUAAAUUGGGAAGUCUGAAACAUUAUUAUAUCUCAUUA